ACGUCGAAAAAUAAAAUAGCUGACAUAAUUGCUGAUAUUAGAAAGUUCAAUGAUAUUGAGAAAUUAUAUUUAUAUUUACAAUUACCCGAUGGUGGUAACCAUCAUGAUCAUCAUCCAAAUGGUAUCGAUAAUGUUGUUGGUGUUGUUGUUGGUAAUGACGGUACAAUAUCGUCUUCAAAUAAUGGAAAAAAAAAAACGAUGAACAAUAGUCCGUUUGGAAAGAAAGCCGAUUCGGAAGUAAUACAAACAUAUGCAUGGAUUCAAAGUCACCUUGAAGAGGAUAUAUCCGUUUCUAUACCAAAACAUGAAGUAUAUGAAGAAUAUCGUUCAUAUUGUGAAGCAAAUCAUUUUGAAAAGCUUUGUGUUGCUGAUUUUGGUAAAGCAAUGAAACAUAUAUUUCCACAGGUUAAACCACGCCGUUUAGGACAACGUGGUAAUUCCAAAUAUUGUUAUAGUGGUUUAAGGAAAAAAAUUAUUCUUACAGCACCAGAAUUACCGGCACUAGAAACAUCAGAUGAUAAUAUUAAUAUCGGUGAUUCAUAUGAAUCAUCGAUAAUAGGUAAUUCUGUACGAAAAAACAAUGUCAUGGUCAAUGAUAUUGUAUGGAAUAUUAUACAUGAAUGGGUGGAAAAAACAUUUAAUCGAAAAUUCAAGACAAGUAUCGAUUUUGCCCGAUAUCUGAUUGAAACACAAAACAUUAAAUCCGAUUUGGACAAAAUGUUGUCCAUAUCCAAUAAUAAUGUCAAUGGAAAUUGUUUCCCUACACCACCACCACCACCACCACCCGCAUUGAAUUUAAUGGCUGAACAGAAUACUAAAAUUGAUUUGGUUUCUGAAACAACAACAACGACAACAACAGCGAAUAAAUCAAUUACAAAUGGAAAGAAAAUUUCAUUGAAUCCAAUUGGAUCGAAAUUAAAAUCAAUAAUGAAUGAUAAUAAUAAGAAAAAAUAUUCAUCAACAGAAAAAGGAGCAACAACAACAACACUUUCUACACCACAACAACAGCAAAUUAUUGACAAUUCUAGUAUUGAUAAUACAACAAUGAUGAAUUGCAGUAAAAUUUCCACAAUUAAUACUGCCAUAACUACAUCCGCUACAAAUGCUACCACAACAACUGCUAAUAAUAAUGAUGCCACCCUCAUACAAUCAUUAAUCAAUAGAAAUUCAUUGACAACCUUACAACAACCACCGAAAACAACAGCAACAGUAGUUACAAAUCAUAUUCCGGAAAUGGUGCCUGUAUGUAAUGCCAAAACGGUGAAAAUUUUACUUGGUCCAAAUCCUCAACAUCAUCAGCAACAACAACAACAACAACUGCCCACAUCGACAACAUUACAAACAAUUCCAUCACAGACCUGUUUUAUGAUUGAUUCACAACAAAAUAAUCAUCAACAACCACAGCAAUUGACAUUGAACACAACAAAUGGUGUUGAAAGUUUCAAAUAUAAACCCAUACAACCGAAACCAGUGAAUUUUGAUUCAAUGUCCAGAUUUCGACCGAUGACCAGUGUUGGUAAUGUGCCUACAACUAUUGCAUUCAUUCACAAUGAUCAAUUGAUCAAUACGAAUAAUGGAAAACCAACGGCCGCAACGUUGGUAUUCAAUUGUAAUUCAGCAAUCAAUGUUAGUGGUAAUGUCAAUGGCAAUAUUGUCAAAAGUGAGGAUGACAAUAAUUUGACAUCAAACACAAAAUCAACCGAUAAAAAUCAUAAACGACAAAUUGAUAAUGUGGAAAAAGAAAUUACAUUCCCAUUGGCAUCGAAAAAACGUCAUGUUGAAACAACGACAACAACAACAACAACAUCGACAACAAAUAGCGAUAAUAUGGAACCGAAACGAUCAUCAAUAAUAACGGCAACGGAUAUUUGUGAUCUGAAAGUAAAUGAAUUGGAAACAGAAGCAUUGAAUGAAUAUCUGAACAAUAUAUCAUCGGAUUCAGUUAUUGAUAAUAAUAUUACGCUACAACAACAACAACGGCAAUCGAAUCAUCAAAAUAUUAAAAAUGUAAAUCGUGAGAAUAUUGUACACAUUCGUCGACUGUUGGAAAAUCAUCUCGCUAAAGUGGUACCGGGAAAUCAACAAACUUCAUCGAAUUAUUACAACAACAACAAUAAUAAUAAUCAAACACUACAAAAUAAGAAUAUGUUACAGAAUUUAUUAAUGUCAAAUAAAGAUUCGGAUCAUAUGUCUAAACAUCAAUCAUCAUCAUCAUCAUCGAACCCGGUAAUUUAUAAUCAACAACAACAACAGCAGCAGCAGCAACAACAACAACAAUUGUCAAGUCCAAAUUCAAGCCGUAAUGCAUUUAUAUUUCAACCAAUUUCUCCCCGUAAUACACCAACUAUACCGGAAAAUUCUACAUUAGAGAUGAAUAUGUAUUCUAAUGGUAAUAAUAUAACGUCAAUGUCAUCGGCUACAUCUCAAUAUAAACAACAUAUACAACAAACAGCUGGCAAUGCUACCAGUAUCAGUGCUGGUCCAUCUCAACCAUCAAGCGAAGCAAAUAGCCCAUUUGUUUCACCACGUAAUACACCCGUAUCAUUGCCAAGAUCACGAAAUAAUAGUGGACAAAGUGCUUACAGUGCAUAUGGUGCUGCAAGUCAACGACAGACACCGGCAUCAUUACAAAAUUUCGAUUCAGGCGUAUCAUCAAUAUCAUCAUCACCAUUUAUUUCACCACAAUCGACACCAAUACCAACCACUAGCCUACAAAGAAUCAAUCAAAACCAGAGUAAUAAUUUACGUAAUGUUUCAUCACAAGCGGUACGUGUACGACAUAGUUCUGGUCCUGGUGGUCCUAUAUCGAAUCGAACGACACAAUUGGCAAGCCUUAUGAAUUAUAAUCGAAGUAAUUCAUUAUCACCGAUGAUUAUUAGUGACAAUUUCUUUGGCCAACAAUCAACGAUGAAUAAUUUUAAUAAUUUACCAUCAUUUAAUUUAUCAAGCCAAACAUCUUCGAAAUUGCUUUCUGGUGAUGAUCAAAUUCAAUCAUCACCAUCAUCAUUUGUUGAUAAUCAAAAAUUCUCAUCGGUAGUCACACAAACCGAUCCAACAUUCUUGAUUAAUAAUCAACAACAACAACAACAGCAACAACAAACCAAAGAUCAUCAUUCAUUAUCUUCUGACUUGUUUAUCAAUUCAUCUUUUCAUCAUCAUCAACAUCAACAACAACAAUCAUCAACAAAUCAAUCAACUAGGCAGCGACAUUUUUCCAAUCCUUAUGGUGGUGUAUCAACAUUUUCCUGUUCGACAACAAUGAAUAAAAACAAUAAUAAUGAUGAUGAUGAUGAUUUUUCAUUCAACAAUUCAUCAUUAUCAUCGAUGUCAACAACAACAACAACGAAUGAUUUUCUAAGUAAAUCACUAUUUAAUCGAUCACAAUCAGUACCAUUACAUCCUAAUAUGUUUGAAGUGGCCAAUAAUUUCGAUUCCAUUGUUACUGAUUCUGGUGGUGAUGUUGAUGAAUGUUUAAAAUCACAAUCAACAACAAAUGAAUUUAUUAACAUUACCAAUAAUAAUAUACAAUUACUACAACAUCAACAUCAUCCAUCAUCAGUAUCGAAUAACGUAUUGAUGGCUGAACGAACAAUUGCCAAUAAUAAUCAUAUAUCAAAAUCUUAUCCAGCUACACCAAUUUGUACGGAUAUGAAUUUUAAAUUUUCCGAUGAUAAUCAACUUACUACCAAUUAUAAUCUUGUACAGAUCAAUGAUGAUGAUUUAUUGCAAUCAACAUUAGAUGAUCUUUUGUCUAACAAUGAUCAGGAUGUUAUUCAAAGUGGUCAAGAUUUAAUUGUUUCAAGCGUUCAACCUGGUGUUGUUGGUGGUUCAUUACCUUCAAAUGGAAAUCGAAUCGAUUGUUCAUCACCAUCAUCAUCAUCAAUGAUGAAUAAAGAAUCGAAUGAAUUAAUAAUCAACAAUAAUGAUAAUAAUGGUGAUUGUGGCAAUAAUGGUAAUGUUACGGGCGUAUUCAAUGAUGAUCUCCUCAUUGAUGAUACUGAACAAUUUCAAACAUUAGAUGCUUUCCAUGACUGUGAUAAUGAUUUUACCAAUAUUGAUCUUGUCGAUCAUCAGAAUAUUGUUGUCUCUGCUGCUGCUUCUGUUGCUGCUACUGAUGCUUCUGCUUAUGGUGGUGAUAACGAUUUUACUGUUUAAAAUGUGAAAAUCUCAAAAAAAUAAGCCAAAAAAAACAACUGAAUAAUAUAAAAUCUUACCUUUUAC